AUGGCUGGCUCCAGUAGCCGCAAUGCCUCUUCAUACGGGGCAGAAGAGGAUGAAGAUGGAGCUUUGAUAUCGACCCGAGGGUUAGAAGCUUUUGGUCGAAAGGUUACCACGACCGCUGGGCAUCUCAUAGGUCCUAUCGAUCCCACUUCCAGCACCCAUUAUCAAAAUGCCAUGAGCGAUUUACAUAAACAACUUCGCAGACCCAAUCUUCAACGCAGCGUCUUCUCCUUUGCGAAAACUACCCCGACCGAUUUGGUGCGCUCAAAGUUGUCGACGUCGGAAAUUCAAUAUCGGGCCUUGACUUUCUUGCCAGAUGAACUGUUGAGGAAUAUUCCCGACAAUGAUAAUAGUUAUUCCUUAUUUCAAGGGUUUCAAGCAACGCUGCCGGAAACGAGUGAGGAGAAGGGAAAAAAGCAUAAGAGGCGAAUUUCGAGGGGUAGGAAACUUCUUGAUAAUGCUAGUGAGGGGGGGUCAGAGGGGGACGGUCCACCCAGUCUUGCGAGGUUGAAAAAAGAAAAAGCGGCUCUGAAUCAUCGAUUGGAGAUGAUGGGUAUUCGGAAGAAUAUGGCGAGUAGUGAGAUUCAUGGGAUUGAUAAUAAAAUUGCAAAUCUUAAUUCUAUGAGGAGAAUUGUUUUGGAUAGGUUGGCGGGAUUGGAACAGGAAGAGUCAAUGUUGGAACAUGAGAUUCUAGAUGUGGAGAAUCGAUUGGAGGAUGCUCAAGAACAAAUUGAUGAUGCGGAAGCUUUGGGAAAAUCUAUUACUGGGACCGAUGAAGGAGAAGAUGCUGAGAAUGCAGGAAUGGAUUCAUCAUUUAUGUCUGAAUCGAUUUACGAAAAACUUCCCUCGAGGGCGAGUACACCUUCAUCGAAGGGAUCAAAAAGACACAAGACGAUUCGAAGAAAAUCCAUGCCAAUUUUACAUGAACAUUUCGAACCUGGGUCUUCAAUUCGAGAAAUUCAAGCUCAUGAUGAUAUGAUUACUGCUCUCGAUUUCGAUGUACCAUUUGGUACCAUGGUUUCUUCGGCUUUGGAUGAUUCGGUUCGAGUAUGGGAUAUGAAUGCUGGUAGAUGCAUAGGACUUCUCGAAGGACAUACUGCAUCUGUACGAACUCUUCAAGUAGAGGAUAAUAUCGUUGCGACUGGAUCUAUGGAUGCUACAAUUCGAUUAUGGGAUCUAAGUAAAGCUCGUUAUGAACUUCAAGAUAAAAUUAAGGAAGAAGCGGAAGAGGAAGAGGAAGAAGAUCAUCUUGCAUUUGGUGAAGCUUUGGAACAAGAACAACAACCAAUUCAUAUUCCACAAGGAAUGAUGGUGGAUUGUCCAUUAUUCACAUUAGAAGCUCAUGUGGAUGAAGUUACAGCUCUUCAUUUCCGUGGCGAUACUCUUAUAUCUGGUUCGGCUGAUAAAACAUUAAGACAAUGGGAUUUAGAAAAAGGAAGAUGUGUACAAACAUUAGAUGUGAUGUGGGCAGCAGCACAAGCUUCGGCAACAAUGGGUUCUACUGAAGGUACAUGGCGACAAACUGGACGUUUACCAGAUGCAACAGCGGAUUUCGUAGGUGCGGUACAAGUUUUUGAUGCGGCACUUGCUUGUGGUACUGCUGAUGGAAUGGUUCGUUUAUGGGAUUUGAGAAGUGGUCAGGUGCAUCGGAGUUUAGUGGGACAUACAGGUCCUGUUACUUGUUUGCAAUUUGAUGAUGUCCAUUUGGUUACCGGUAGUUUGGAUAGGAGUAUUAGGAUCUGGGAUCUCCGAACAGGAGCAAUCUAUGAUGCAUAUGCUUAUGAUUCACCUAUUACAAGUAUGAUGUUUGAUACAAGACGUAUUGUAGCGGCUGCUGGAGAAGAUGUCGUCAAGGUGUAUGAUAAAACGGAUGGUAGACAUUGGGAUUGUGGUAUCGGUGCAGAGAGAGAGGGAGAUAUGACGGAAGCUGAUGAGAAGAAUAUCGUAGAAAAAUGUAGGGUUAAGGAUGGGUAUAUGGUUGAGGGAAGGAGGAGUGGUGUAGUGGGGAUUUGGAGUUGUUAA